CUGCGUGACGUCAGCAUUUUUCCCCUGUUCCUCUCGUCAAACAGUCGAGCGAAAACGCGUCUGUUUCGGGCAUUUAAAAUCCACAUCUAGGAAGAGUCGCUGCAGCACAUCCCUGGGGGAAGAACCUGAACACUGCAGAUCACAUCAAGUGAACAAAAAUGAAUGUGGAUCAUGAAGUCACACUCCUUGUCAAUGAGAUUCACAGGCUUGGCAGCAAAAAUACAGAUGGUAAAAUCAGUGUCAAAUUCGGUGUCCUGUUUAACGAUGACAAGUGUGCCAACCUCUUUGAGGCACUGCUUGGGACACUCAAAGCAGCCAAGCAGAAGAAGAUCGUCACAUUUCCGGGCGAGCUUUUACUUCAAGGAGUUCAUGACAACGUUGAUGUUAUAUUACUGCAGGAAUAAUCUGACAAACAAUCCUGUAUCUUCUUUGUAUAUGGUGCUUUAAGACCAAGAGUCUUGUUCUUUAAUGAGCAGUGGCAUUACCAUAUCACCAGUUGAUUUUUGUUAAGUUAUGUAUGUGAUAACCAUUUAGAUGUGUGAGUGCAAAACAAUUCUAUAUACUUUUGUCCUUCCGAAUAGAAUUUUGUUAACAAGGUUAGGCUCUUUUUAAACUUUACAUCAAUAUAAAUCCUUUUUUAUAUACUGAUUUGUAAUGAGUUGUUUCAAAAGAGAUAGCCAAGGACUUGUCAUUACAAUACUAUUAUUAUGAAAAUGACUAUCAGAUUUAUUUGUGCCAAAUGAUAAGUAAAUUAUCUGUGUUUUAUAGGUAAUCUAGAGAGUUAUAUUAAAUUAACUAUUUACUAUAAAAUUGCUUUCUUAACAUAGAAACCUUACCCUAUAAUUAAAUAGUUUAUGACAAAAUUGUGGCACAAUUUUUAUAACGAUUACUGUAUUAAUAAAUCACAGAUAUCUCAAGCACAACGCAUUAUUUUGUUACUGGUGUAAUUC